AUGAGGGUUAGGAACCGCGCGUUCUUUGGUAAUCUGUUUAGAAGUGCUCGUCUGUUUAGUGAAGCCUGGCGAUGCGCACCAGCCGUUGUCUUCUCUCCACGGUUGGAUUACACGCUCGUCAGGUACGCAUGUUUAGCUUCACAGCCACUUUCGUUGCAAUUAACUGACGGUUGGAUUACACGCUCGUCAGUCUCUUAUUCAGGAGGCAUGGGCUCGGACUGGCCCUCUGA